UGUCAUAUUAAUAGGAUGAAAUCAUACAUUCUAUUCUCGAGAGUAGUUAUAGGUCUAAAAGCUUGAUGUAUACAUAUGAUUAAAAAAAAAGUAUAUACAUAUGAGGUAUGACAUACCACUGACCAAAUUAAAUCCUUACUUCAAGAUUCAAAAAGUACUCCAAAAGCAGUAUAAACAUUAGAGCCAAAUGAACCAAAAAAAUUAAAUAAAAUUAGAAGGAACAAACUGACUGCACAUCUUCUCCAUCCUCUUGGUACCAACAGCCAGUUGGUACACAACAAAUUACACACGCUAUACGACUCAUAUAUAUAAUUCCAAGUAUACUACAUACUAAACGGCUCAUUUUUUUGAUUUAGACGAAAAAAAUGAGAGGUUUGAUUGUUGUGGCUGGCUUCUUAAUAAUUGCUCUCAUUCCUCAUACAGUUGCAUUUGAUCCGUUGGAUCCCAAUGGGAAUAUCACCAUCAAAUGGGAUGUUAUGUCUUGGACACCAGAUGGCUAUGUCGCUACUGUAACGAUGAACAAUUUCCAAAUGUACCGGCAUAUCAUGACCCCUGGUUGGACCCUAGGAUGGACAUGGGCUAAGAAAGAAGUGAUUUGGUCUAUGGUGGGUGCACAAACCACUGAACAAGGGGACUGCUCUAAAUUCAAAGGCAACAUUCCUCAUUGCUGCAAAAAGAAUCCCACAGUAGUAGAUUUGCUCCCUGGAACUCCUUAUAACCAGCAAUUUACCAAUUGCUGCAAAGGUGGUGUCUUGGCUUCUUGGGGACAAGAUCCUCAAUCUUCUGUCUCUGCAUUUCAAGUUAGCGUCGGACAAGCUGGUACCACCAACAAGACCGUUAAACUUCCUAAGAACUUCACUUUGCUUGGUCCUGGACCUGGAUACACUUGUGGCCCUGCUAAGAUUGUUCCACCUACCAAAUUUUUCACACCUGAUCUUCGGCGCAAAACACAGGCCUUAAUGACAUGGAAUGUGACAUGCACAUACUCCCAAUUUCUAGCACGAAAACACCCGAGUUGUUGUGUCUCCAUGUCAAGUUUCUACAAUGAAACCAUCACUUCUUGUCCUUCUUGUGCUUGUGGUUGUGAGAACAGAAACAAAUGUAUCAAGAGCGACUCCAAACUAUUGAGUGUGGUUGGGGUAAACACUCCAAGAAAAGACAAUGCACCGUUAAUACAGUGUACGCACCAUAUGUGCCCAAUUCGAGUGCAUUGGCAUGUGAAACUCAACUACAAGGACUAUUGGCGAGUCAAGCUUACUGUAACCAACUUCAAUUACAGGAUCAAUUACACACAAUGGACUCUUGUUGUUCAGCAUCCAAAUCUUAACAAUGUUACACAAGUUUUUAGCUUUGAUUACAAGCCUCUCGUUCCCUAUCAAUCCGUCAAUGACACUGGAAUGUUCUAUGGUAUGAAGUUCUACAAUGACUUACUGAUGGAGGCAGGGCCAUCUGGGACUGUCCAAUCAGAAGUGCUCCUCCAGAAGGACAAGGAAACAUUCUCCUUCAAGCAAGGAUGGGCAUUUCCUCGGAAAGUCUACUUCAAUGGCGACGAAUGCAUGCUGCCACCACCAGACACUUAUCCAUACUUACCCAACUUUGCCCAUCAUAGUCCUACUGCCUUCACAACAUCGUUAUUUUCCCUGUUUUUCCUUUUUAUUCUACUCUUUUGAUCUCUAGUUUUGUCAGUCCUUAGCAACCACAAGCUCCGUAGUAUGUUGGGAUCACAGAUAUUGAAUUCUUUGAAAGGACGAACCUGGUAUGUGCAUAGGAAUAUCACACUGAAUUCCGCAGAGUCAUUAUACGCAUUGAUAUAUGAAAACUUCAUUCUUGUCGUGAAA